UUCAGUCAGGGAGGGGGAGGUGUGCACACAUUCCAAGUUCCACAGACGCUGCGGACAGCCCAUUUACCGUCCCGGGCUCAACAGCUCUCACCCUGUGGAGGACACUUACUGCCAGGCUUACCGAAGACGCUGUCUGCACAGCUACCUGGGCGGCUGCCACCCCUUCCUGAAACUCUGUGGACCGGUCCAGUGCCCACAGAGUAGUUUGGAGUUAGUGGAGGUUGUGCUCGCGGGGCACACCAGGAGAUACUAUGUUACAGCGGGCACAGGGGUGCACACUGGGGGCUACACUGACUGCCAGCUGAGGAAUGGUACUAGGGAGCACCAAGGGGCACUAACACCUCCUGAAGCAUCGCUGGCUGGACCACAAUGGAGGGGGAACAGGCAGAAGCCAGCAGCCAGGAGCCCCAAGCUGAGGGCAUCGUGCCUGACGCCUUCUCCAGUCUCUGGACAGAGGUGAUGGGAAUGCUGGAUGGUUCACUGGGAAACAUUGACGACCUUGCUGAACAGUACGCUGACUACUACAACACCUGCUUCACAGACGUGUGCGAGAGGAUGGAGGAACUGCGCAAGCGCCAUGUCUCCCAGGAUCUUGAUGAGGAGAAAUCUGAUGCCGGCUCCACAUCAUUACAGCUGCGAUCCCCCCAAAGUGAAGAUUCUGCAGGAUUCAGUAGCACAUUAUCAACACCAGAGACUGAAAGAAAGCUUUCUCUUCAUAAAUCAAGCUCCGAAGAAAGCGCCGUAGGUAAAGUUGAUUGGAAGAAGAAAAAUAAGUAUUUUUGGCAAAAUUUCUGGAAAAGUCAAAAAGGAAUAAUGAGACAAACAUCAAAAGGGGAGGAUGUUGGUUAUGUGGCCAGUGAGAUCACAAUGAGUGAUGAAGAGCGGAUUCAGCUUAUGAUGAUGGUGAAGGAAAAAAUGAUCACCAUUGAGGAAGCGCUUGCAAGGCUGAAGGAGUAUGAGUCGCAGAAUAAGACACAAGGCUCCCAAGAAUCAGCAGAUUGGGCUGAUGGGUCAUAUCCACCCUGUGAUGAGUCUUCCAAUUGUAAUUCGAGAGAACAGUCUGAAGAUGAAUCUGAGGAGUCAGUAAAAUUCAAGAGGCUGCACAAGCUUGUGAACUCUACUCGGAGAGUGAGGAAGAAACUUAUUAGAGCUGAAGAAAUGAAAAAGCCCAAUACAGAAGGUCUAGAAGAUGCAGUCCAUAGCACUCCUGUCGUAGAUGAUAAAUCAGCACUUUAUUCUGGAGUCCAUAAGAAGCCUCAAUGUAGAGAUAAAUCAGUAGACAAAACACAUCCAGAAGAUUGUCCACUUUCUGUGUCUCCUUCAUCAGGAAACUUUGACACAAUGAGCGUUAACAGAAAACUAGUAAAAACACUGAGCAAAACAGAAGGACGGGGUCUUAUCAAACCCCCUAAGAAAAUUGGAACUUUUUUUUCAUAUCCUGAAGAUGAAAAAUCCCAAAAGGUUUCCCGUUCCAUGACAGAACGAGAACUGAGGAAAAGCCUUGGCUCUCUGAGCCAUGGGAGGACUUGCAGCUUUGGUGGAUUUGACUUAAACAAUCGCUCACUACACGUUGGAAAUAAUGUAGACUCUCUGGAGAAAGAUGGAGAGUUUAUAUACAAAGAAGUCAUCAAAUCCCCCACCACACCAAGGAUGUCACUUGGUAAAAAAGUCAAGUCUGUCAAGGAAACUAUGAGGAAAAGGAUGUCAAAGAAAUACACAAGUUCUGUGUCAGAGCAGGACUCCAGCAUAGAUGGGAUUCCUGGUUCCCCUGAAUCUCCACUGCCCCCCACAAGCACACUUGAAAAGCCAAAACUAAAAGCAGGGGGCUCAGUAGAAAGUCUUCGAAGCUCCCUGAGUGGCCAGAGCUCAAUGAGCGGUCAAACAGUAAGCACAACAGACUCCUCAGCAAGCAACAGGGAGAGCGUCAAGUCUGAAGAUGGUGAUGAUGAGGAGCUACCAUAUAGAGGACCAUUCUGCGGCAGAGCUAGAGUGCACACAGACUUCACCCCCAGUCCCUAUGAUUCCGAUUCCCUCAAACUUAAGAAAGGAGACAUCAUUGAAAUUAUAAGUAAGCCUCCAAUGGGCACAUGGAUGGGCCUUUUAAACAAUAAGGUUGGCACUUUCAAGUUCAUAUAUGUGGAUGUAAUCAAUGAAGUUGAAGAAAAGCCUAAGCGUCCUACAAGAAGGCGUCGCAAGGGAAGACAACCAAAGCCCAAGUCUGUAGAAGAGCUCUUAGACCGCAUCAAUCUCAAGGAGCACAUGCCAACCUUUCUUUUCAAUGGAUAUGAAGAUUUAGACACUUUCAAACUGCUAGAAGAGGAAGAUUUAGACGAACUGAACAUACAGAAUCCAGAACACAAAGCAGUCCUUCUGACAGCUAUUGAGCUCUUACAGGAAUAUGACAGUAACAGUGAUCAUUCCGGCUCUCAAGAAAAACUACUUACAGAGGGAGAAAGCAGAAGUGGAUGUUCCCCCCGGGAUUCUGGCUGUUAUGAGAGCAGUGAAAACAUAGAGCAUGGUAAAAGUCAAGUGACAUCACCAGUGCCACCAGAGUCAUCCUCUCAUCAGCUCUAUCCAGGCUUAAAUCUGAACACAAGCAGAGACAUCGCAUAUGGAAACAGUAAAAAGGUUGGGCAAGACCACAUCUAUGCUACUUGUGCAAAGCCAACCGAAGUUGCAGGGUCUAAAAAGAACCGAAGAAGUUUGCCCGUUGCAGUAAGUACAAGUUGUGAGCUGGAUGGGAGCAAAUCUCUUAAAAGCUGGCCAAGAUCUCACUCAAUGGACAAUCUUCAACAAGAUGGAGUCCAGGGCAUUAAUAAAACAUUAAGUGUUUUUUCACCGGAUGAAGGAAAAGAACUGCCUGAGGGUUUAAUAGAGGAGGACAUUGGAGAAAUACAUGACAGAAUAUCUUGUAAUGUGGAUACAGUGACUAAAGAGCACACUACUGAUCAUGUACAAAGCACAAGGACAUCUCAUUUGCAACGGAAUACAAAAGAACAUAUAGGUCAAAGUCCUGUUUAUUUUUCCCAAGUACCUCUGAACAAGAUGCCCAUAUCUUCUGGAGAAACCAGAGUACCCAUAAAAAACCCUUCACAACCCCCUCCAGUCCCUGCCAAAAAAUGUAGAGAACGGUUUGCAAAUGGACUGCUUCACCCUCCUCUCUGUGUCACUUCAUCCAAUGCUGAAGAAUCUUCUCUUCCUGCUACAAAAUCAGGACAGUUGAGUCCUAAUACCUGUUCUAUAAUUCACACACAAGAAUGCAAUACACCAACUUCUCCCCGACCUACUUGGCUAAUCAGUUCCACAGAUGCUGUCAGUGUUCCUCAACAUGCCGUGAAACUAGGUCCCGUGGCUGCAAGAAAAAUUGCUUGUGUCAGAGGGAUGGAUCAGGAAGUAUUGAUAGAAAACAAGUUACUGGCUGAGGAAAUUGACCUUACAGAAGAACCAUAUUCGGAUAAGCAUGGUCGAUGUGGUAUCCCAGAAGCCCUUAUAGAGCGAUAUGCUGAAGACUUAUGUCAACUGGUAAAAGAUGUAGCAACGUGCAUGGACGAAAUCCGUGUCAGACAUCUGAGAAAACAACAUCGCAUGGCGAUACCAAGUGGAGGACUCACAGAGAUUUGCAGGAAGCCCAUUUCUCCUGGACAUAUUUCAUCAGUUUCUGACUGGCUUAUUUCUAUUGGUCUACCUAUGUAUACCCAGCCUCUCAUGGAAGCCGGCUUCACCACAUUAAGUAAAGUGCCUGCCCUCUCACAGACUCACUUACAAGGAGCUGGAAUAAAGGAGGAGCGACAUAUAAAUAAACUUCUUGGGGCAGUGAGACUUAUAAAAUCUGUAACACUGGAAGCAGUUUAAAGUGUGGACCUAGAGCAUCUGGAGACCUAAUACAUCUAGCAACUUGUGCACAACAAGCUGACGAACGUAGGUUCCAAAGAAUGGUUUCAGACCUGCCAUGUUCAACUGAAAAAGACAAUUCAUACACGAUAGACCUUCAAAGCAAGUGAACAUGAUGUGGGGUAACUCAAAUGUGCAUUAAUGGAUGGGAAUACCAGACCCUCGACACUUGGGAUAAAGAAAGGUGCUGUGUGGUAUUUGCCGUUAUUUCCAUGGCAUCAGGCACAAGAACAUUUCCUACAGUAGGCCAAAGUAUUCCAAUGAACAAUUGUUGAACAUUUAUGUUAAGUAAUAUAAUCCUGCUUUUUUCCUAGUAAUGGGAAAGGAGUCUUCUUCUGUGGCUAACCUGUAAUAACACAUUUAUUUUGCCUUAAAUACAUUUUCAAGUAAUUUUGUGUCAUUUUAUCAGUCAUUGUCCAUGUAAAUGUUAAAAAAAAAUAUCCUGUCAGAUUGUUGUAGUUAUCUUUCCUGAAAAGGAAUAUUCAUUGGUGACAUGCAGCCAAAACAUAAAAUAGUCAUAUAUACUGGUAAAUCAGAACUUAGGGGGUCACUUGUUAAACUGUAAAGUAGAACUGGCUUAGUUGCCCAUAGCAACAAAUUAGAUUCCACCUUUCAUUUUGGACAGCUCCUUUGGAAAAUUAAAGGAGGAAUCUGAUUAGUUGCUAUGGGCAACUAAGCCACUUUUUGCCUAUUUUAAAUAAGUUUUAAAAUGACCCCCUUAGUGUUCAAACAAUAUAUAGACAUUUUAUGUUCUGGGUGGAAAUGCACUUGAAGACAUAUGGAAAAAUAUAUUUAAUUGCUGCACGAGGUUAGUGUUUCAGAUGACACUACCCCCCCUCCUUCCCCUUUCAAAAGAAAAAAAAAUCUAAAA